AUGAAUCAAGCAAUCCACGCCAGGUACGACCCAAGGCGGACUGAUAGGAGGCCAGAUGCCAGACCGACGGAAACUCGUUACCAACCCCCAGCAUGUUACUUGAAAAAAGUCAGGAAACCAUAUGACCGCAAGCCACAAUAUGACCGUCAGCCACCCAGAACAGAUAAUAGACAGGUCGGACCAAGCCGAUACAAAAUACUAGACUAUAACCUCAAUGUCGAACCAGCCCAAGUAGUGGCGAUCAUGAAAGGAAUGGGAUCUAGUGUUAGGUGGCGAGGCAAGCUCAACGCCGAAGCAAGGAGAGACACGACCAAAUGGUGUGAAUUCCACAGCGACCAUGGACAUAACUCCCCAGAUUGCAUUGCCCUGUGUUUGGAAGUUGCCACGCUAUUAAAGAGGGGACAUCUCCAAGAUCUGCUGACAGAUAAAGGAAAGCACACCAUUAGCCAGAAAAGCAGCAAAGAAACAUCUCCACCCCCGCGAGAGCCCACACCAAAAGGAUUCUGCUCACUCAUAUCCGGGGGGUCAGAAAUCAGCGGGGUCAGUUAUUCAUCAGCCAAACGAUACACCAGGGCUAACAGCCACCAUGAGAUACAAUCAAUCCGCCCAGUUUCUCGGUCACACUCCCAUCAGAUCGCCAACAUCCUUGUCAAGAGGGUGUUCGUAGACAGAGGGUCAUCAGCGAACAUUCUGUUCCUCGCAGUAGUGAAAGCUAUGGGUUUGGAAGAAGAAAACAUCAACAGAAGGCUGACCCUACUGGUUGGUUUUAGUUCUGAGUAG